AUGGCGGGCACAGCCGAAAUUGCAAUCGUCUCAUUUGAAAAGUUCAUCAACGGCGGUGAUGCGGAGAGACGUGCGGUAGCAAGACAAAUAUAUGACGCCUUCUCGACAGUUGGAUGGGUUUACCUGAAAGAUCACGGCAUACCACAAGAGCGUGUUGAUGAGAUAUUCCGACUUGCUAAAAGCUUCUUCGAUCUACCACUGGAAAAGAAAUACACUUGGCGCCUAUCCGAUCCCGAGAUAAACCAAGGCUACACCGGCGAUGGCGACGAAGCAAAUGGAGGUACCGACCACAAAGAAUGCUACGAACAUCGCCGCUUUAGGAACCCGUCCUGUCCCUCAGAUUCUGAUCUUCCUGGCUUCCGCGAGACUAUUGACGACUUCUACAACCAGUGUUACGUUCUGGGUAUGAAUGUGCUUAGAUGCCUGGCCAUGGCCUUGGAUCUGGGAGACAACUUCUUCGACGAUAUCACCAAGCGGGCCGAUCCACAACUCCGCCUUAUUCGCUAUCCAUCCAUCGAGAAGAAGAUUGUCGAACAAGAAGGGCAUGCGCGUAUCAUUCCGCAUACUGACUUCGGCCUGUGCACACUGCUCUUCCAAGAUAACGUCGGCGGCCUUGAGGUCGAUCCCUUCCAUACCGGCGAAUUCAAAGCGGCGCUACCAGUUCCCGGGACAGUACUGAUCAAUAUUGCGGACCUAAUGCAACGCUUGACGAACGAUCGUUGUCGAAGUACUAUGCACCGAGUCGUAAGCCCGCGGGUAUCUGGCGAUGUGUUGCCGGCAAGAUAUUCGAUUCCUUUUUUCAUACAUCCAGACCCUGAUGUGCUGAUUGAUCCGAUCUUGAAGGAGAAAGACGAAGUGAAGAAGUAUGAUGCGGUGAACGCUGGGGAGUGGAGGCAUAUUGUCGUCGAUAUAAUUUGGGUACGCGUUCCUUUCGCAGCUGCCAAUAUGUUCUUGUGUCUGGAGUUCUGA